GGUAUUUCGCAAACUGCUUUUGCACGUCCCAGCUACCGGCGUUCAAAUCACGAUCGCGACCUGCUUGAUUACAAGCUCAAGUUCUUUAUAUUAAUUUUAUCUUCCACCAAUCCAAUAGUUACUCAGUUAAAAUUCAUCUGUCAAUUCUCGUAUAAUUAAGUCGAGUAUCAGUUCAAUCAAAAGUGAAUUUUAAAAAAUGUGUUAAAUAAAGUUUAAAAAAUUAUAUUCAAAUAAAUAUUAAGAUGUAUAGUUUGUACAGAGCUUGGUUCGGUGAAGAAAAUUAUUCCCAUCUUGAAACACUUUCCCCCCCAGACACGGUCGUAAGAGUUGGAAAUGACGGCGAGCAUCAAUUUGUUGCUCAUCGCGGUGUUUUGGCAGCACACAGUGGAUAUUUAAAAGCUUUGCUCUCAACUACAGCAACCUCUGGCUCAUCCCGUGUCACUGGAGAUUCACCAAAUCCAAUAACAUCUAUUUCGGUUUCGUCUGUUGGUGGUGAAGCAUUCGCUCCAUUGUUGAAUUACAUGUACACUGGACGUUUAGAAGUUACUUUGGAGAACAUCUACAGCGUAUUGUUAGCGACCCAUUUGCUCCACAUGCCCGGAGCUCUUGAGCAGUGUCGCGCUGCGCUUCUAAGACUUCGUAGUCCAGCUCCACCACCACCUUUACCGCAAGCUACGAGUCCAAGUUCUACAAUUCUUAGACCAGUCGCCAAUAGACUAGUUGGUCCAUCUGUUUGCUGGCCUCAGUCUAGUUUAUAUUCAUCAGGAACCGUCGGGUUUUCUCUUUUACCAGCUUUGCAGUUGCCACCGCGAAUUCCCGUGCUUCAAAAUUCCCCGGGAACUAUUCACGAAACUUCAACGACUUAUAGAGUCAACUCUCCAGAGCCGUCAUCCUCAACCUAUACACCAGAUAGGACUCAAAAGUACAGUGAAAGAUCAGACAGUCCAGUAAAUAUCGUUUCGACAUCGAAAUUAAAAGAUUCAAAAGGAUGUUUGCGGGUUAACAGUAAACAGGAUGAAAAAACAACGAAAAAAGAUCAAGAGUUCAGUCAAUCUUACAGAACUUUAAAUUCUUCGCCGGGUAGUGAAAAAAUAUCAAUAAUAAAUAUCGACACUUUAACGCAAAAUAAAUCAAGUGGAAGAAGUUCGAUAUCCAGUAGCGAGUUACCGACGACAAGUAGUGCCAGUGGAGUUGUGCUCGACAUCGCGUGUUGCGACGGUCCAGUUAAAUUUCAUCGUGUUUUGAAUGAAAAUUAUACGAAACCAGACAAUGGACUCAGUAGUAAUCAAGUGGAAAAUAAUAAUAGUGCUAGUAAUCAACGACAACGAGUGUCUCAGACAAAUAGUGCCAGUUCCUCGGCGGAAUCUGAAAUAAUUUGUGAGAAUGACGAAAACGGAAGACCCAACAGGAGAUCGGAAUUCGAUGAGUCUAGUGUAGGAUCUAGUGAAACUGGUGGCGGAAAUUAUACUUGUGAAUACUGUCGUCAUACUUUCAAAUCGCAUUACUGUUACAAAAAACACGCAAGAAGACAUCUUUUGCCUACGGGUACUGAGGAGGUUGGGAAUCAACGACCGGAAAAUAAAAGAAGACGGGAAGUGAGACUUCUUGAUUUAAAUGUUCAAUAUUACCCUUGUAAAAUAUGCGGAAGUAAAUUUCCGAGUUACUAUUUUGUUCAUAAGCACAAAAAACUCUGUCACUCGACAACCGAAAUUUUAAAUUCCGAAAAUGAAGAUAAUGCGGCUAACGAAGCUGCCGGUUGUUCAACACAAACUUAAAUAUAAAUUGUAAGCUAAUUAAUUAGAUAAAUAAAAUUUUAAUUUAUAAGCUUAAAAAAAUUGUUAAAAAAAAAUUGUUUUUUAAAAUUAAGGCCAUUUAAAUCUCCGUAAUUAUUAUAAAUGUAAAUGUAUGUGUAUUAAUAAAAUAAAAUAAAAAAGUUAAUAAUAAUAAUGAGA